AUGGUGCAGUACAACUUCAAGAAGAUGACUGCGGUCCCAACAGGAAAGGACUUUAUUGACAUCAUCCUCUCGCGGACCCAGCGUCAGACCCCGACCGUGGUGCAUAAAGGGUAUGCCAUCUCCCGGCUCCGCCAGUUCUAUAUGAGGAAAGUGAAGUACACGCAGCAGAACUUUCAUGAGAAGCUCUCAACCAUCAUCGACGAGUUCCCCCGCUUGGACGACAUCCAUCCGUUCUACGGGGAUCUCCUUCACGUUCUUUACAACAAGGACCACUACAAGCUCGCUCUGGGGCAGAUCAACACCGCGAGGAACCUCAUCAGUAAGGUGGCGAAGGACUACGUCAAGCUGCUCAAGUUUGGGGAUUCGCUCUACCGCUGCAAAUCUCUGAAGGUCGCUGCACUUGGGCGCAUGUGCACGAUUAUGAAACGCAUCAGCCCCAGUUUGGCCUACUUGGAGCAGGUGCGGCAGCAUAUGGCUCGUCUCCCUUCGAUAGAUCCCAACACUCGCACCAUCUUGAUCUGUGGGUAUCCUAACGUGGGGAAGAGCUCUUUCAUUAAUAAGAUCACCAGGGCUGAUGUGGACGUCCAACCAUAUGCAUUCACGACAAAGUCUCUCUUCGUCGGUCACACGGAUUACAAGUACCUGAGAUACCAGGUGAUCGACACACCGGGUAUUCUGGAUCGCCCGUUUGAAGACAGGAAUAUCAUCGAGAUGUGCAGCAUCACGGCGCUGGCACAUCUCAGAGCCGCUGUCUUAUUCUUCCUGGAUGUGUCGGGCUCGUGUGGCUACAGCGUGGCGCAGCAGGCAGCUCUAUUCCACAGCAUAAAGUCGUUGUUUAUGAACAAGCCACUCAUAAUAGUGUGCAACAAGAUUGACUUGCAGGGCCUGGACGCGCUCCCUGAGGAGGACAUGAAGCUGGUGACGGAGAUGAAGGCCGAAGCUGCGAAGACGGUUGUGGCUCAGGGUGGGGAGGCGAGCGGCGAGGCGGUUCUCCUGACAAUGAGCACCUUGACCGAGGAUGGCGUGAUCGCCGUGAAGAAUGCAGCGUGUGAGAGGUUGCUGAAUCAAAGGGUGGAGAUAAAGAUGAAGUCGAAGAAGAUCAACGACUGCCUGAACAGAUUCCACGUUGCAAUGCCAAAGCCCCGUGACAAUAAGGAGCGGCCUCCGUGCAUACCGCAGGCGGUUCUGGAGGCCAGAGCCAAGGAGACUCAGCAGAAGGAGAAGAGGAAGCUCGAGAGGGACCUGGAAGACGAGAAUGGCGGUGCCGGAGUCUACUCUGCCAGUCUGAGGAAGCAUUACAUCUUGGCUGACGAGGAGUGGAAGGAGGACAUUAUGCCGGAAAUCUUAGACGGGCACAAUGUUUAUGACUUUGUUGAUGCAGAUAUCUUGCAGAGGUUGGAGGAGCUGGAGAGAGAGGAGGGCCUUCGUCUGGAGGCUGAGGCCGAGGCAGAGGAUGAUGCCCUGGACAUGGAUGCCAGAGACUUGUCACCAGAGGAGCGAGAGGCGCUGGCGGAGAUCAAGAAGAAGAAGGCGAUGCUCAUCCAGGAGCAUAGGAUCAAGAAGAGCACUGCCGAGAGCCGUCCCACUGUGCCCAGGAAGUUCGACAGGUACAGAUCGUUCACCACCAAGAGGAUGGGGAGAGAGCUUUCAACUCUGGGGAUGGACCCCUCUGCCGCCAUCAACCGGGCUCGGAGCAAGUCCCGGGUCGGCCGGAAGAGAGAAAGAUCGCAGGCCAGAGGGGACGAUGAAGCAGUGAAUAUGGACGUCGACCAACCCAACAAGAAGCUGCGGCUCCGAUCGCGGUCCAGGUCGCGGCCUCCGGGCGAGGUCGUGCCCGGAGAAGGGCUCAGAGAUUCGGCCCAGAAGGUGAAGGCGAUCAAGCUCGCUAAGAACUCGGUGAAGCUGAGGAACAAGUCUGCUCGCCGGGGAGAGGCGGACAGGGUAAUCCCCAACAUGAAGCCGAAGCAUCUCUUCUCCGGGAAGCGGUCCAUCGGGAAAACCAGCCGCCGCUGA